GCAAGUUGAUUAGAAAUAAAGAAAGAAAGAAAAGCAUAGUGCUAACACCAGUUUGUUUAAUUCUAAAGCUUUAAUACUUUUAAGAUCUUUUUUAUAUCACAUUUUUACAUUAUUCAAAGUACAAAAACUAAAUGUUACGUAAUCCGAUAAAGUGAUAUUUCAAUUCAAACAGUCUGCAGAAUGUCAACUGCAGCGAUGAAUGUGAAGUUCCACUAUGGGCUGACAGCAUCAGACCCGGAAACACAUCCGGUGCUGAUUGUGGGCCAGGCCACACAUCUGAAUACACUUACAUGGCAAGAUGUACGCUGUAAACUUGAACCCAGAGUUACUGAAGAGGUAUGGCAACGAGGACUAACAGUAGUAUCUGGUGGUGAUUCUUGCGAGCUAUGGCCUCGUGGAGCAUCACUCGCCGCACUACCUGCCCGGCGUUCACGUCACGCAGCACCCUCUAGAGGCCAUGCUCUCUCCAAGAUUGUGAAGAAUGGACAGCGCGGUAAUGCUAGCGAGGAAUUUGUUGUGUUGGUAUGUCGCAAACAAGAUGUACUGGCCAGUGCAGUAGCAAUCGCCCGCGCGGUGCCUCAGUACUCGGCGCGUACGGACUCCGCCCCACUGGGCUCCUCGCCUGCGCCUCCUGAGCGCAGGGACCUUACUGUUGAGAUUGUACUGGUCGCUGAUGAGAAACGAGAAGGUGAAUCCGAUGAGGAAGAAUUGGGUGUUGUGGAUUCAGUACUGCAAGAGACAAGUCUAAGUGAUGGUGAGGUGCGGACACUGCAGCGGCUUGCAGAUAUGACACGUCUCGCUGCACGCAUCACUGACACACCUGCUAACAUCAUGAAUGUUGACAAUAUUAUUGAGGAGGCGUUCACAGUGGCAAAAACCUUGAACAUAGCAGAACCAACAGUGAUCAGGGGCGAGGAGCUACUAGCUCGUGGUAUGGGCGGAUUGUAUGGGGUGGGGCGUGCGGCUGCCCAGGCCCCCGCCCUGGUCUGCCUGUCGUACCUUGCGCCCGGGGCGUCACAGUCCGUGGCGUGGGUGGGGAAGGGCAUAGUAUACGACACCGGCGGUCUCAGUAUUAAGGCAAGGAGUUCGAUGGUUGGCAUGAAGGGUGACUGUGGUGGGGCUGCGGGUGCUCUUGGAGCCUUUGCUGCCUUUGUGUCGGAGCAGCCUGACAUCAACGUACAUUGUGUGCUUUGUCUAGCUGAGAAUGCUGUCGGACCUAAUGCCACCAGACCUGAUGAUAUCCAUCGCCUGUACUCUGGCCGUACUGUUGAAAUCAAUAACACAGACGCUGAAGGUCGUCUAGUACUGAGUGACGGCGUGGUGUACGCACAGAGAGACCUCAAGGCAGAUACUAUUGUGGAUAUCGCCACUUUAACUGGUGCUCAGGGCACAGCGACUGGAAAGUACCACGCGGCGAUAGUAUCAAACUGUGGAGGUUUAGAACGUCGCUGUGUGGUGGCGGGGCUGCGCUGCGGCGAGCUGACACAUCCUCUGCCGUACGCACCAGAGCUGCACUUCCCGGAGUUCACCAGCGUUGUUGCUGAUAUGAAGAAUAGUGUCGCGGAUCGUAACAACGCGCAGCCAUCCUGCGCUGGCCUGUUCGUGUUGUCGCACCUCGGCUUUGACUUCCGAGGAGGCUGGCUGCACAUCGAUAUGGCUGCGCCUGCGCACUCGGGUGAACGUGCUACUGGUUACGGUGUGGCGCUUCUCAACGUGUUGUUCGGUGCUCACUCCUCCAGCCGACUGCUGCGCGCUCUCGCACCACCCACGAAAUGACGUCACACACCGCCCUCACCCCCAACACCUACCCCCUGGUGACGAAUGUGACGUCACUGAAUCCUCACCAACAUCAGUAGUGACGUCAUCACAGCAUUAUCAUGCAAACCCUCCCUUAACAACUAUGAUAAACAUGCACCCCUUAACUACCUUACACCAUCCCCUACGAGCCCCUACCCUCUCAUCCUUUAACUUUGGUUAGUUUCCAUCAUCCACAACGAUCCCCCACUUCCUCAUAAUCAUCCGUGAUGUCAUCAAAGCCAUGACGUCAUGCUGACAAACAACCCCCACAUAUAACAACCCUAAAACUUUGUCCAAAUUAAGCAUAAAGCAACCAGAAAAUAAAUCAAAUCUCAAAAAUUCAAUAUAAAAAUUUGUA